AAAGAGAAAAAAAAAAGUGGUGGUUUGAUUUUGAUUUGUGUUUGUGUGGUGAAAAACUGAAAAUGAAAUAGAAAUAGGCUCAAAUUCAAUGAAUCAAAAUUUUCUCCUUGUGUUUUUGUGAUGCAAGGAUCAAACAAGAGUUGUUGUUUUUCAAAGAAAACCAGAAAAUAAACACAAGGAUGCCUUCCUUAGACUCUCUUGAUUCCUUUCUCUUUUCUCUCAGCUCAGAAUUUUCUUCUCCUUUAGGAUAUUUCAUUCAAAUCCAGGGAUGUGUAAUCUGCUUGCUGCUAGCUUUUGGAUGGGUUGCAGCGGCUUAUGUUAGGAGAAGAGAGAUAAAAAGAAUAAGGAGGAGUCUAAAGAAUGGAAAUAGCUUUGCUUUCAUUUGUCAAGAUAUCAAUGAACUUGAGCAUUCCAAUCAGGUCAAUUUGCCAAGAGUAACAGUAAUAAUGCCUCUAAAAGGGUUUGGUGAACACAAUCUCCAUAACUGGAGGAGUCAGUUAACAUCUCUAUAUGGUGGUCCUCUAGAAUUUAUUUUGGUGGUGGAAAGUACAGAGGAUCCUGCUUACCAUUCUAUAUCAAGACUCAUAUCAGAAUUUGAGGGUUCUGUUGAUGCUAGAGUACUUGUAGCUGGUUUGUCAACAACUUGUAGUCAAAAAAUUCACAAUCAAUUGGUUGGAGUGGAGUCAAUGCAUAAAGAUAGCAAGUAUGUACUGUUUUUAGACGAUGAUGUUAGGCUACAUCCUGGAUCAAUUGGAUCACUCACUCUUGAAAUGGAAAAGAAUCCUGAGAUAUUUAUUCAAACUGGAUAUCCUCUUGAUCUGCCAUCUGGAAGUUUAGGGAGUUACUGCAUCUAUGAAUACCAUAUGCCUUGUUCGAUGGGAUUCGCCACUGGUGGAAAAACAUUCUUUUUGUGGGGAGGGUGCAUGAUGAUGCAUGCUGAAGAUUUUAGACAAGAUAACUGCGGCGUAGUGUCAGAACUUAAAAAUGGUGGAUAUUCUGAUGAUAUGACUCUUGCAGCCAUAUCUAGUGCUCAUAAAAAGCUCAUCACUUCUCCUCCGGUUGCCGUCUUUCCUCAUCCACUUGCAACUGAUCUUAAUUUCGGAAGGUACUGGAACUAUUUGAGGAAACAGACAUUUGUUUUGGAGUCGUACACGACAAGAGUUAACCGUGUGAUGAACCGCGCACUGUUUGCCGUUCACUGUUAUUUGUCAUGGGGAUUUGUAUCGCCGUUCGUUAUGGCGAUAGUUCAUGUUGCAGCAGCAAUACAAUUUCACUAUAAAGGAUACUCUCGUGAUGAAAUGACCUACAAUUUUGGCGGGUUAUCACUGGUGUACGUUCUAUUCAUAUGCACUUUUCUUGAGCUUCUUUCAAUGUGGAACUUGACAAGGAUAGAAGUUCAACUUUGCAAUGUUUUGUCACCAGAGGCACCUCCACUUUCUAUUAUUAACUAUAAUUGGUGUCUUGUUUUCAUUGCUAUGCUGGUCGAUAACUUUCUAUACCCUAUAUCUGCGAUUCGUUCUCAUUUCUCUCAAUCUAUUAAUUGGUCUGGUAUUCGAUACUAUUUGAAAGACGGGAAAAUCUGCAAGAUAGAUAGAACUCCAACAAACAAGGAUAUGCCUCCAGUAUUCACAGACUUGGGAGGAAAACAUUUAUAUGGAAGGAUAGGGUUUCCUUCAAAAGAAUCUUUCCUUAGUUCAUUGUCGAAAACUUUCGCAAAAUGGCGUCAACCAAAGCGAUCUGAAUAACUACGAAAGAAAUAGCUUCAUUUAGCAUUGAAUGAUUGAUUCUUUAGUUAUGUACAAUUACAGUUACUUUUUUUUCGUUACUAAAUUUCUAUUGCCGUGUUCGAUCUCGUAAAAAGUUUUGUAACGGUAACAAUUCAGUCCUGUAAUUAUGUAUAACAGAUAAGAAUCACCAACUGGACAUAUAGUGGCUAAAUGUACUUACAGUUAAUGAUUCAUAUUCAAUUU